AUGUUUCGAGAAGGAAGAACAGUUGGCGACUCCCUGGGCAUGGGGAAGGAGGGUGACGAAAGAGCACAGAGUGGUCGUCAGUCUUCUCACUCGGAUGACAGCAUGGACUUACUUCGUUCCAAAAUGGCAUUUUCCUUUUAUCGAGUUUUCUUAGUCAUUAGCCUCUGUGCGCCAAUCUAUUGUGUGUCCCCAAUCAGUCCCCCUAGCAAAGGAUCCCCCCGCCCUCUCUUCACAAAGAGCAGCCCCGCUGCCUGGGUGUCUUCCAGCAACACCAACUUUGCCUUCCGCCUGUACCAGAGACUGGUUUUGAAGACCCCGAGUCAGAAUGUCUUCUUCUCUCCCGUGAGUGUCUUGACCUCCCUGGGCAUGCUCUCCCUUGGGGCCCGCUCAGCCACCAAGACCCAGAUCCUUCAAAGCAUGGGGUUCAACCUCACACACACGCCGGAGUCCACCAUUCACCAGAACUUCCAGCAUCUGGUCCACUCACUCAGCAUCCCCAGCAAAGAUCUAGACUUGAAGAUGGGGAGUGUCCUCUUCAUUGAAAAGGAGCUGCAGCUGCAGACAAAUUUCUUGGACAAUGUCAAGAGUCUGUAUGAGUCAGAAGUCUCUUCUACAGAUUUUUCCAACCCUUCUACUGCCCAGGAAAAGAUCAAUAGCUAUGUGGAGAAGAAAACCAAAGGGAAGGUUGUAGACUUAAUCCAAGGCCUUGAACCUCUGACAGCCAUGGUCCUGGUGAACUACAUUUUCUUUAAAGCCAAGUGGGAGAAGCCCUUUGAUCCUAUGUAUACGAUUCAGAGAUACCCAUUCCUGGUGGGCAAGAGGACGGUGAUGGUCCCAAUGAUGCACCAGACGGAGCGAUUUUCUUUCGUGGUGGAUCCGCAGCUGAAUUGCUCUGUGCUGCAGAUGGACUACAGUGGAGACACCGUGGCCUUCUUUGUCCUCCCCGGCCAGGGCAAGAUGAAGCAGCUGGAACAAGCUUUGUCAUCUAGAACAUUGAGGAGGUGGAGCCACUCACUCCAGAAGAGGUGGAUAGAGGUGUUCAUUCCAAAGUUUUCCAUUUCUACCUCCUACGACCUGGUAACCAUCCUCCCAAAGAUGGGCAUCCGGGAUGCCUUCGACAAAAAUGCCGAUUUUUCUGGAAUCACAAAGAGGAACUCCCUGAAGGUUUCCAAAUUUGCCCACAAGGCUGUGCUAACCAUCAGUGAGGAGGGUACUGAGGCUGCAGCUGCCACGGCCACCAAGCUCACGCUCCGGUCAAAGGACAACUCUUCUCAGUCCGUCCUCUUUAACAGAUCCUUCCUGCUGCUAGUGAUCGACAGAGCCACGGAGACCGUGCUCUUCCUAGGGAAAGUUGAAAAUCCCACCAAAUCCUAG